UUCUUGUUUAAUGAAGGUGUGACGUCCGAAGCGUCAGACUUUUUUUUCCCUGUGGAUUUAUCACUCAGUGUAGCGCCGUGCUCAGAGGGACGGGAUGGACGACGUCCGCAGCCAGGUUUCCAUUAACCAUCAAAUUGUAAAUAGGUCCUUAUGGUGGAGGUGGUGUUAGAUGCCCCUUGCCAUGCCUCCUGCCAUGACAGACCUCCUGGACAUAUGGGCGGCCCACUCGCCCCUGGCCGGACACGCUCCGGACCAGAUCACCGUGGACUUUCUGCUGCCCACCGGCAUCUACAUCCAGAUGGAUGUUCCCCGCGAGGCCACCAUCCAACACAUCAAACUGCUCUUAUGGAAGCAGGCUCAGAACUUCCCUCUGUUCCCGUCUCUUGGCGAAAUGGAGAGCCACAUGUUCGAAUGCGUCAACCAGGCAGCUGUGCACGAAGAGCUGGAGGAUGAAACCCGCCGGCUGUGCGACGUCCGGCCCUUUCUGCCCGUCCUGAAGCUGGUGACGCGCAACUGCGGACGAGCCGAGCGCCUGCUGGACUCCAAGAUAGGAGUUCUCAUUGGGAAAGGACUCCAUGAGCUGGAGAACAUCAACGACCAGGAAGUGAAGGACUUCCGCAGUAAGAUGUUCCGUUUGAGCGAGGAGAAGAUGCAGCGGGUGCAGAUGAUGACGUGCACCGAGUGGCUGCAGGCCUGCUUCUCCCCGCAGCUGGAGCCGGCACCUUUGACCACUCUCACAGACGGCCUCAAUGACCGGCCAGCCGACCUUAAAGUCAUCAUCCACUUUGACCAGUCUCAGGAUUCGACCAGUCUGAAGGUGUCGUUGUCGUCUUGCACGCCCUCUGAGCUGAUGGAGAUGGCAGUGAAGAAGUGGCUCAUCACCCACGCGCCCGAGGAGGAGGCCUGGAGGGGCCAGUAUGUGCUCCGAGUCAGCCAUUGCCUGGAGUUCCUCUGUGGAGACCAUCCUCUGAUUCAAUACAAGUACAUCCGCACAUGCCUUCAAGCCAAAGAAACUCCUCACCUAACCCUGGUCCACUCCAGCACCAUCAAGGCCAUGUUUGACAAGGAAAUGUCUGCCAUCGGAGCUGUGGUUAGCCGCAAGUCCUCCAACCCACCGUUACCGCUACCUCCCAAAAGAAGGAACCCCACGCAGGUCCAGACGUGUGUGUGGGACGUGUCGAGCCCGUUCAGGAUAGUCCUCGUCAAAGGCAGCAAGGUGAACGCCGAAGAGAGUGCCAAGGUCCAGGUGAGGGCGGGCCUCUUCCACGGCACAGAGCUGCUGUGCAAGCCGGCGGUGAGCAGCGAGAGCAGCGGCCGCUCGGAGCACACCUGGAAGGACAACGCUCUGGAGUUUGAGAUCUCCAUCUCCGAUCUGCCGCGCAUGACCCGCCUCUGCUUCGCCAUCUACGGCGUCAUGGAUAAGGUCAAAAAGCAGAAGUCUACCAAAAAUCCUCACAUAAAUAAAUACCAGACCAUCCGAAAGGCAGGGAAAGUGCACUACCCCAUAGCUUGGGUCAACACCAUGGUGUUUGACUACAAAGGGCAACUGAAGACUGGAGACAUCAUCCUGCACUGCUGGUCUUCUUUUCCAGAUGAACUUGAAGAGAUGCUGAACCCAAUAGGAACCAUUCAGACUAACCCGUACACUGAGAACGCCACGGCGCUGCACAUCCACUUUCCAGAGUACUCCCCCCAUCCCAUCGUCUUUCCCGCCUUCGACAAGAUCCUGGAAAAGGCCGCACAGAUUGCCAGAGCCAGCGACUGCAUAUCCAUAGGACGCGGCGGUAAGAAGUUCCACAUCGAACUGAAGGAGAUCAUGGAGCGGGACCCGCUUUCUCAGCUGUGUGAAAACGAGAAGGAUUUGAUUUGGACACUACGCCAUGACUGCUAUGAGAACUUCCCCCAGUCUCUACCAAAGCUGCUGCUCUCUGUUAAGUGGAGCAAACACGAGGACAUGGCUCAGCUCCAGGCAUUGCUUCAAAUUUGGCCCAGAUUGAGUCCCAGAGAUGCUCUGGAGCUUCUGGACUUUAACUAUCCUGAUCAGUACGUCAGAGAGUACGCCGUGCGCUGCCUGCAGGAUAUGAGCGAUGAGGAACUGUCCCAGUACCUGCUGCAGUUGGUGCAGGUGCUGCGCUAUGAGCCGUAUUACGACUGUGCCCUCACCCACUUCUUGCUGGAUCGUGCGCAAAGCAACCGUAAAAUUGGCCACUUCCUCUUCUGGCAUCUGAGGUCAGAGAUCCACAUGCCAGCCGUGUCGGUCCAGUUCUCCCUCAUCCUGGAGGCGUAUUGUAGAGGAAGCAUCCCUCAUAUUGAGGUUUUAAAGAAACAGGUUGAAGCCCUCAGUAAACUGAAAUCUGUUAAUGAGCUCAUCAAACUGGGCACCAUCAAGAACGCCCGCAGCAAAACGAAGGAGGCGAUGCUGACCAAGGAGGCCAUGAUGACCUGUUUGAGACAGAGCGGCUAUUCAGAGGCUCUGUCGGACCUGAACUCCCCUCUCGACCCCAGUGUGCUGCUGUCUGACAUCAAUGUGGAGAAGUGCCGCUAUAUGGACUCCAAAAUGAAGCCUCUGUGGAUCGUUUACAACAACAAGCUGCUUAACGGGGAUACUUUGGGGAUCAUCUUUAAAAAUGGAGACGACUUGAGGCAGGACAUGUUGACCCUCCAAAUUCUGAGGCUGAUGGAUCUUCUGUGGAAGGAGGCCAGUCUGGACCUCAGGAUUGUGCCUUAUGGUUGCCUAGCAACAGGUGACAGAGCAGGCCUGAUUGAAGUGGUCUCCUCAGCAGACACCAUCGCAAACAUCCAGUUGACCAGCAGCAACGUGGCAGCAGCUGCGGCGUUCAACAAGGACGCUCUGCUGAACUGGCUCAAAGAGAGGAACACUGGCGACGCUCUCGAUCGAGCCAUCGAGGAGUUCACCCUGUCGUGCGCCGGAUACUGUGUAGCCACCUACGUCCUGGGGAUCGGAGACCGCCACAGCGACAACAUCAUGGUCCGCAGCACAGGACAGCUCUUCCAUAUAGACUUCGGUCACAUCCUCGGCAACUUCAAGUCCAAGUUCGGCAUCAAAAGGGAACGCGUUCCCUUCAUCCUCACGCACGACUUCAUCCACGUCAUUCAGCAGGGCAAGACGGGGAACACGGAGAAAUUUGGCAGUUUCCGUCAGUACUGCGAGGAUGCUUAUCUUGUCUUGAGGAAGAACGGCAACCUCUUCAUCACCCUGUUUGCCCUCAUGCUGACUGCUGGACUACCGGAGUUGACUUCUGUCAAAGACAUCCAAUACUUAAAGGACUCUCUGGCUUUGGGGAAGACGGACGAUGAGGCCCUGAAACAGUUUCGCCAAAAGUUUGACGAGGCACUAAGAGAAAGCUGGACGACCAAGGUGAACUGGAUGGCCCACAACGUGGCCAAAGACAACCGCUCCUAGAGCCGCUGGAACCCUGGGGGUCAGGAAGUCUGUGAUGGGAGGUGUAGACGGAGCCAAAGAGACGGCGUAGGGGGGGCAUGAAUAUUUAUAUAUAAAACCCUGGUUUAAAGAAGGGAAGUAGCUCAAAACAAACACUGUAAAUAAAAAAAGAUUAUCUACUACAGGGUAGUUCAGGUACCCUGCAACCUCCUCCUCGCCCUCUGAAACCAUGGCAUGGUGCCCCCACGGACUUCAAAACGAUGGUCUGGAAUCAUUUCUGUGGAAUUGCCAUUAAUGCUAGAUUUGCACGGACUGGACGGCUGGUGGAGGAGGCGGCUAGAAGAGGGGGGCGAAGACCUCCCUGUAGAGAAGCUGCAGCAUCAUGAACUACAACAGCGUUUCAGGGAGGCUGCUGGGAAACGUUUAUCUCAACCACAGCCCUCAACCAGCUGGGCUGCGAUAAAGAAACUUCCAACAGAGAAGUCCUCCAUGUCUUAAAACGGCGAGCGCCGCGACCUCGAACCCAUCGUCUGAAGGGCCGCCGCCAAACUGCAGGAAGAUUGUAUUUCUUUUGUUUUUACUGUGUAAGAAACAUUUACGUGCCAGACUACUUUACUAGUCCACAGGGUGAAGUGGAGGGGAAGGAGAGCUUCGUGGUCCGCGGUCCGACUUGGACCUCUCUGCACUCGAAUGUUUUUAGAGCCCUUUGAGUAAAAGACUUUUAAUAAACUAAACACUUUAUUCUGUUUGUAUUUUUAUUGUUUUUAAACCUACAGAUUCUGAAGCAUUACCAUGACUGUCCUGUUUGACUUUUAAAAUUUUUUUUAUUUUUUUUUUAAAGGGCCAACAAGCAGCGAUGUCAAAUGCUGAUUAUUUUAACGUGUUACAACCAAAAAUCUUUUUUAUCCUCUGGUUUUAAUAAUCUGUUUCCGAGCUGAAUGUGCAAACCUGUUUCCCACUCUGUCAAGUGCAUUGGUUCUUAUACCAGUGGACGUGGGCGGAGCCAGCUUACCGGUAGGCGGGAUUUGUCAUAAAAAAGCUAAAUGUUAGACUGUGACGUAGAGGUACGUCUUGUUCCGUCAUACGGUUCCAGAAUCUGCUUCUGUAUUCAUCGUUUGUGCAAUAUCCCAGUUAAUGUCCCAUCAAAUCUGAUCUUAAUCUCGGGCUCUACGAGUUCGUCUUGCGUCGUGCUUCGCGGGAGAAGCGGCUGUAAAUCGCACCAUUAGCCUUCAGAAGUCUCAAACACUGGAUGUUGUAAAAUGUACAGGCUUUAACUGUGUUGCCUUUUUUUGUUUUCAUAGGAGUUUUAUUAAAGUGAUUUUCCACAGUUCA